AACUUGAGCGCCGACCCGGGAAGGACCCUCCUUUCCGUCGCAUCCGCUUUCGUCACUUCUGCUCUGCGCCGCGCCAGGUUCGCCGAGGAGGAGACGCGUGCGCCGCUGGAUGGAGGUGGUUGCUGGAUGCUACGAGCAGGUCCUUUUUGGAUUCGCUGUACACCCUGAGCCCGAGGCGGACGGCCACCGCGAGCAGAGAUGGGCUCCUGUGGCCGACUUCACCCACCACGCCCACACUGCCUCCUUGUCAGCGGUGGCUGUCAACAGCCGCUUUGUAGUCACUGGGAGCAAAGAUGAAACCAUUCACAUUUAUGACAUGAAAAAGAAAGUCGACCAUGGGGCGCUCAUGCAUCACAAUGGCACGAUCACUUGUCUGAAGUUCCAUGGCAACAGGCACUUGAUCAGCGGGGCCGAGGACGGCCUCAUCUGUGUCUGGGAUGUGAGGAGAUGGGAGUGCCUGAAGGCGAUCAGAGCUCACAAAGGACACGUGACCUUCCUUUCCAUUCACCCAUCUGGCAAGUUGGCCCUGUCUGUGGGUACAGAUAAGACACUGAGAACAUGGAAUCUCGUGGAAGGAAGAUCAGCAUUCAUAAAAAACAUAAAACAAAACGCUCACAUAGUGGAAUGGUCGCCAAAAGGAGAGAAGUACGUAGUUGUCAUACUGAACAGAAUAGAUGUCUAUCAGCUCGACACUGCGUCCGUCAGUGGCACCAUCACAAAUGCGAGGAGAGUGUCUUCUGUUGCAUUUCUUUCAGAAUCUGUCCUCGCAGUGGCUGGAGAUGAAGAGGUUGUAAGGUUUUUUGACUGUGAUUCCCUAACAUGCCUCUCUGAGUUUAAAGCUCAUGAAAACAGGGUAAAAGACAUGUUCAGUUUUGAAACUCCAGAGCAUCAUGUUCUUGUUACAGCAUCGAGCGAUGGUUUCAUCAAAAUGUGGAAGCUUAAGCAGGACAAGAAAGUUUCCCCGUCUCUAUUGUGUGAAAUAAACACGAACGCCAGGCUGACGUGUCUUGGGGUGUGGCUGGACAGAAGGACAGACACAAAAGAAAGCCCACCUGCUGCCGCUGAGCCUGCUCCUGUAAGUAAAGAACAGUCCGGACACAACAAAGAGGAAUCUGCUCAUGCAGUCCAGGAGGAAGAAAAACAGCCAAAACCAGACGCAGAGAAAUGUUUAACUGGUGACAGUAAUAAGCCAACAAGCGGAAACAGCCUGGCGUCAGCCAAGAAGAGAAAAACAGUGGAAAUGUCGGAAAAAAAGAGAAAAAAGAAGAAAAUAUGAAUGAUGCCGUGAAUCCCAGAUUUUUCCUAGAAGGAAUUUUUUUCAAAUACACUUUUUUUUUUUCCCCUAAGUAAAAGCUUGGAAUUUCUUCUUUUGAAGAAAACAUACAGCUUAAAAAUCACUUUCAGGUUUUUUUAAAAAACUGUGGUAAAAUUUUUUGAAAGGCAAUAUUAAUUAUAUAUCAUGGUGAUAUAUAGUAUGUUAAUGUGUAAUAGGGGCUUUCCAGGUGGCUCAGUGGUAAAGAAUCUGUCUGCCAGUGCAGGAGACAGAGGUUUGAUCCCUGGGUCGGGAAGAUCCUCUGGCGAAUGAAAUGGCAAUUCACUCCAGUAUUCUUGCCUGGGAAAUCCCAUGGGCAGAGGAGCCUGGUGGACUACAGUCCAGAGGGCUCACAAAAGAGUUGGACGUGACAUAAUGACUGAGCCCACACACAUGUGACCUGUAAUGUAGAAUUUUUACUGCUGUGUAAAGCAAGUAAAGAUCUUUCUCAAAAUACUGUGGCUUAAUAUAAAAUCCUGAACACAUUUCUUACCAAAGUGGAUAAAGGAGUUAUUUUUCAGAUUUUCUGUUUAAGUGAGGGAAGAAUGAAAAACCUGCAUUACUUUGGCAUCUUCAAGUGGUUCUAGUAAUUUUAAUGAGGAUUUUGUUCAUUUUGAUAACAAAUGGUAUAAAAAGAUAUUCAUACCAGGAAGUAUGAUAAGACAAGCUUAAAAGCUGCAGAUAGAUAAAAUACGUAUCUAUAAUGCAUAUGCUGAAGUUUAGGGCUCCGAACAGAAAGUUAAAGAGAGGCUGCUAAACUUGAUUAAACUGUUCUAUUUCCAGUCGAUGACAAGGAAAUAUUAAGACAGGAAAAUGACAUUUCCUUUAUUUUAAAUUUGUUUCAGCCCAUCAGAAAAACAAAACAAAACACUUGGCUAAUCUCCCAUCCAAGUACUAACCAGGCCCGACCCUGCUUAGCUUCCAUCAUCAGAUGAGAUCGGGCGCUUUCAGGAUGGUAUGGCUGUAGGCUUUAGUUAAUCUUCUAACAAAAGUAGUCUUAAAAGUAUGUCUUACUUAUUUGUAUCUUAUUUCAAAAAACAGCUCUAACAGGGCCUAGGACUGUAGGUAAUUAAAUCUCUGUGGUUUCAGUUCA